GAAAGAGGGAGAGGGAGCAAGCGGAGGGAGGGGAGUGUUGGAAAACGCCAUCCGGGACCCCCUUCCUAGCAAGGACCAGGGCCGGGGCCCCCGAGCUCCCCAGCCCCCGGUCGUUCCGGGGGUGCCGUGGGGAGCGGGGGGCCGGCGGGACCCCUUUGCAUUCCUCCAUCGCUGGGGUCCCGCUCGCGGGGAGUGAAACCCUUCGGUCUCUCCCCCUCCUUCCCUCCCCUCCCUCCUCCCUCCCUCCUUCCUUCCUUCCUUCUCCAGACUCGGCCCGGGGAGGGAGGGGGGCUCUGCCUGCAGUCUGCCUUCACUCCUGCCCGCCCGGGCGACGCUGGGCUCCCGCCUGCCCCCCCCCUCCCCCCGCCCCCCUAGCCGCCCCCCGGCAGCCCCCGGGCCAGGUGAGGCCGCGCCGCUGACCCUUUCAGAUGUAGGCAGGCGAGACCCCGGAUGGAUUUCGGGAGCGUCAUGAACAAGGCUGUGACCCCCUGCUCCCCUGCUGUCAACUAUGAGCUGGAAACCACAAAAUCCCCUAGGAGUGGGCAGUCACAUCACAAAACAUCCAGGAGCAUGAGCCUCACUGCAGCCAUGGAGAGUAGCUGUGAGCUGGACCUGGUGUACAUCACGGAGCGGAUUAUUGCUGUCUCCUACCCCAGUGCAGCUGAAGAGCAGAGCUUCUGCAGCAACCUCCGCGAGGUGGCCCACAUGCUGAAGUCCAAGCACGGGGACAACUAUGUGCUUUUCAACCUCUCUGAGCGGAGAAAUGACAUCAGCAAGCUUCACUCUAAGGUGCUGGACUUUGGGUGGCCUGACCUGCACACCCCGGCGCUGGAGAAGAUCUGCAGCAUUUGCAAAGCCAUGGACACGUGGCUCAAUGCAGCGGCACACAACGUGGUGGUGCUGCACAACAAGGGAAACCGUGGCCGGCUGGGGGUGGUAGUGGCUGCCUACAUGCACUACAGCAACAUCUCGGCCAGUGCCAACCAGGCGCUGGACAGGUUUGCCAUGAAGCGCUUCUACGAGGACAAGGUGGUGCCAGUGGGGCAGCCAUCCCAGAAGAGGUACAUCCAUUACUUCAGCGGACUCCUCUCUGGCAGCAUCAAAAUGAACAACAAGCCUCUCUUCCUGCACCACGUCAUCAUGCAUGGCAUCCCCAACUUCGAGUCCAAAGGCGGUUGUCGGCCCUUCCUGAAAAUAUACCAGGCUAUGCAGCCCGUCUACACUUCGGGGAUCUACAACGUGCAAGGAGACAGCCAGACAGGCAUCUGCAUCACCAUCGAGCCUGGCUUACUACUCAAAGGUGACAUCCUGCUGAAGUGUUACCACAAGAAGUUCCGCAGCCCGACCCGUGACGUGAUCUUCCGCGUGCAGUUCCACACCUGUGCUGUGCAUGACCUUGACGUUGUCUUUGGCAAGGAGGACCUGGACGAGGCCUUCAGAGAUGACCGCUUCCCUGAGUACGGGAAGGUGGAGUUUGUGUUCUCCUAUGGCCCUGAGAAGAUCCAAGGCAUGGAGCACCUGGAGAACGGGCCCAGCGUUUCUGUGGACUACAACACCUCUGACCCGCUCAUCCGGUGGGAUUCCUACGAGAACUUCAACAUCCAGCGUGAGAAUAGCACAGAGGGAGCCUGGGCUGAGCCUCCCCUCCCUGGCAAGCACUUGGAGAAAGAGGUUGGGCACACGCAAGGGCCCCUGGACGGGAGCCUCUACGCUAAAGUGAAGAAGAAAGACUCCCUCCACGGCAGCACUGGUGCCAUCAACUCUGCCCGCCUCCCGCUCCCCGCAGCGCCCAACCACGUUGAGCACACGCUCUCGGUGAGCAGUGACUCGGGCAACUCCACUGCCUCCACCAAGACUGACCGGACCGAUGAGCCGGGGGUGCCCGGGGUGCCCGCUGGGCAGGCAGUGCUGAGCCCUGAGGAGAAGCGGGAGCUGGAUCGUCUCCUUGUCGGCUUCGGCUUGGAGAGCGUGCCCCCCAUGCACAACCACCUGCCUGGCCCCGUACCGCCACGCCUGGCCGCCAUGCCGGGCCGCCACGUGGUGCCAGCUCAGGUGCACGUUAACGGGAAUGCUGCGGCGCUGGUGGCUGAGCGGGAGACGGAUAUAUUGGAUGAUGAUCUGCCCAACCAGGAUGGGCACAGUGUGGGCAGCCUGGGCACGCUCUCGUCCUUGGAUGGCACCACCACCGCAAGCGAGGCUGGCUACCAGGAAGCGCCCCGGGUGGGAAGCCUCUCCUCGCUGCCCAACGGGCCUUCGAGCUGCAACGGGACCGAGAAGCUGCUGAAGGAGGGGCUGUAUGAUGGUGAGCUGCUCUCCAAUGGCGGCUACCCCUACAACAACCAGAACACUCUCACAGGCCACCACGUCCGCGACUCGCUGCCUUCCCUGCGGCCCUCAGCAUCUGCUCAGGACCAUCUGUCUGGCUACCCACAGCGUCCGCCUGGCUCACACGCCCCAGGCUGGCUCCAACCUCAGCCGCUGCCCAGUUCCCAGCCCUACCUGUACGGCUACGACCCCCCUGGCACCUAUCACUCCCGGUCCUUCCCAGCGAUGGACACAGCCAAGUAUGAUGCGAAUCCAGCGCUGCCCCAGGCCCCAGCUCGCAGUACCAGCAGCCGAGAGGCCGUGCAGAGGGGCUUGAAUUCCUGGCAGCAGCAAGGAGGGAGUCGGCCACCUUCACGGCUACAGGAAGGUGGCAUGGAGAGCCACAGCCCCAGUGUCUCCAGUUGCAGCCCCCAGCCCAGCCCGCUACAGCUGGUGCCCCCGCACAGCCACAGCAUGCCGGAGUUUCCCCGGACGCCUUCCCGCCAGGAGAUUGAGCAGUCCAUCGAGGCCCUCGACGUCCUCAUGCUGGACCUGGCGCCUGCCAUCCACAAGGCGCAGAGUGUGCCGGCCGCCUCCCGACAGGACAAGCCGGCAGGAUCCCUGCUCUCCUCCCUCUCGGCCCAGCCCAUUGCCGGUGUCUAUGCCCGGCCGACUCCGCAGGUGGUCCAGCCGAGGUCCUUUGGCACUUCCGUGAGCCCCGUGGUCUCUGAGCCCGCGGGCAAAGCCUAUUCUCCCAGGGAGCCGGACUAUGGGGUGCAUGAGUACCGGGAAACUUACUUGCCCUACAGCUACCAGUCAGCCCCGGUGCCGGAGCCAAGGAGCUACAGCCAUGCCUCAGCCGGAGCGCCGAUGGGCAUCUCCCCCCCCAGCACCUCCUACAGCCCUGCAGGGUCUCAGCAGCUCCUUGUCUCCUCUCCGCCUUCCCCCACCAUCCCAGCACAAACCCAGAUGCCCCCCAAGGGACCAGAGAGCUAUGAAGACCUGUCGAGGUCGGCAGAAGAGCCCUUGAAUCUGGAGGGCCUGGUGGCCCACAGGGUGGCAGGGGUGCAGCCCAGGGAGAAGUCCCCGGAGGAGAGCACUGUCCCUGCCCGUAAACGGAUCCCCAGCGAUAGCCACUAUGAGAAGAGCUCGCCGGAGCCCAGCUCGCCGCGGAGCCCCACAGUCCUCUCGCCUGAGGUGGUCAGCACCAUCGCGGCCAACCCUGGAGGGAGGCCCAAAGAGCCUCACCUCCAUAGCUACAAGGAAGCCUUUGAAGAGAUGGAGGGUGCCUCCCCCACCAGCCCACCCUCCGGCGGCGGUGAGAUUCCUCCCCCCAUCCUGGCCUUCCCCGUCUCACCACAAACCCCUUACUCCAACCCCAUGCGUUCUCCUCCUGGCCUGGCCAAGACCCCACUUUCAGCACUGGGGCUGAAACCCCACAACCCAGCUGAGAUCCUGCUGCAUCCUGUGGGAGAGCCCAGGAGCUAUGUGGAGUCUGUGGCCCGCACGGCCACAACAGGCAGAGGAGGAACCCUGCCCACUGCCCAGCCCGGAGGCCCAGAGGUGCCCACCAGGAAUGGCACAUUCAGCAACUCCUUUACCACUGCCAGCCCCAUCUCCACCAGCAGUCCCAUUCAGAGCGUGGAUGGGGCCUCCCUCCGCAGCUACCCGUCGGAGGGCAGCGCCCACGGCACGGUGACGCCUCCACACGCCUCCUCCGAGCUUGCGUACCGGUCGCCUGUCAACUCGCAGAUGCCCUCUGCUCAUAGCAGCUAUCAAAACUCGUCCCCAUCCUCUUUUGCAAUGGUCCAAGGUGGAGUCCCGGGCUCAGCAUACACCAGCCCUGACUACCCAGAUGGCCGAGCUGCCCUCCAGCCAGACGCUCAAGCGCGGCCACAGCCUCACGUCAGUGUGGGGGCCCAGGUCCUACCGGGGAGCCCCCGCACCCUGCACCGGACAGUGGCUACCAACACACCGACACCACCCAGCCCUGGCUUCGGGCGAAGAGCUGUCAGCCCCAGUAUGAGCAGUGCUCCUGGCAGCCCUGGGCUGGGCAGACAUGCCGUGGCAGUCCACAGCAACCUGGUGGCCCCACCAGGGAGCCCCAGCCUGGCCAGGCAUCAAGCUGCAGCGGCCCUCCCGCCUGGCAGCCCCCUGUAUGGCUACUCCAGCCCAGAGGAGAGGCGCCCGACGGUGUCUCGGCAGAGCAGCUCCUCUGGCUACCAGCCUCCCUCCACGCCGUCCUUCCCGGUCUCGCCGGCUUACUACCCCGGCACCAGCACGCCGCACUCCUCCUCCCCGGACUCGGCUGCCUACUGCCAGGGCAGCCCCACGCCGCAGCCCAUGCUGCCCGAGAAGCGGCGGAUGUCGGCCGGGGACCGCUCCAACAGCCUCCCCAACUACGCCACCGUCAACGGUAAGGCGUCCUCGCCCCUCUCCAGCCCCAGCAGCGGGGCAGCUGUCGCCUUCUCCCACACUCUGCCGGACUUCUCUAAGUUCUCCAUGCCAGACAUCAGCCCUGAGACUCGUGCCAAUGUCAAGUUUGUCCAGGACACUUCCAAGUACUGGUAUAAACCGGACAUCUCCAGGGAGCAGGCCAUUGCACUGCUGAAGGACAGGGAGCCAGGAGCGUUCAUCAUCCGAGACAGCCACUCCUUCCGGGGGGCCUAUGGCCUUGCCAUGAAAGUAGCUUCUCCGCCUCCCACGGUUGUGCAGCAGAACAAGAAAGGAGACAUCACCAACGAGCUGGUGAGGCACUUCCUCAUCGAGACCAGCCCACGGGGUGUGAAACUAAAAGGAUGCCCAAAUGAGCCCCAUUUUGGAUGUCUCUCAGCCCUGGUGUACCAGCACUCCAUCAUGCCCUUGGCCCUGCCCUGCAAGCUGGUCAUUCCUGACCGAGAUCCCAUGGAGGAAAAGAAAGAUGCUGCAUCUCCCACCAACUCGGCCACAGACCUCCUCAAACAGGGUGCAGCCUGCAACGUCCUCUUCAUCAAUUCAGUGGAGAUGGAGUCACUGACAGGCCCACAAGCCAUUGCGAAGGCUGUCACUGAGACACUGGUGGCUGACCCCACGCCCACUGCCACCAUUGUCCACUUCAAAGUCUCUGCACAAGGCAUCACCUUAACUGACAACCAGAGGAAAUUGUUCUUCCGACGUCACUACCCUCUCAACACUGUCACCUUCUGUGACCUAGACCCCCAGGAACGAAAGUGGACUAAAACUGAUGGAAGCGGCCCAGCCAAGCUCUUCGGCUUUGUGGCCAGGAAGCAAGGGAGCACCACAGACAACGUCUGCCACCUCUUUGCGGAGCUGGACCCAGACCAGCCAGCUGCAGCCAUUGUCAACUUUGUCUCCAGGGUCAUGCUUGGAUCUGGCCAGAAAAGAUGAGCUGGCAUUUGCGGGUGAUUCUGGAAUCGUGGAGAAGGACUUGGAGCAGAUCCGAGAAGGAGUGUGAGGAAGUGCAUUGUGGGAGAGGGAAGUGAAUUUUGGGGGGGGGGGGGGGCAGGGGGAGAAGGGUUGGAAUUUUGGAGGAAAACAGCAAACUACAAGCAAACCCUAAUGAAACCCCUAAAAACUCGACACAAGCCAAACACACACAUAGAGGAACCAAAGCCCUGCACCUACGUAAGAGAGCCACAAAGUCAUGCCAGACUGGACUGCACGUUCCAUAGCAGGGAAGGUGACCAAAUGAAGGUGGCAGUGAGAGGUGCAUCCCCAGCUGUCAGCAUCACGGUCCCAGGAGAUGACAUCCACUUGGGACUGACUGCAGGACCAUCGCUGGUGUUUUUCAUCUGUCGGGAUAAGACACAGCUGGCAAAACUCAUGAAGAAGCUCUGUCCUAGCAGCUGCAUCAGCAAAAGUCAGCUGUGUGUUCGAAAGGACCGCAGGAGCUCACCGUGUGGGCUGGGGCUGUGGGACACUGCAGUGGAUGCUCGCAGAAAUCUUCCCUGGUCUGGCUGCAGAGUAGGGUCCUCACUAGCCCUUGCACUUCUCCUGAAACCUGCUGUUCUGUUCUCCUGGCAACUUGCUGGGGUCGUGGAGGGCCUUGUUCUGAACCCUCCCGUCCCCGGAGAGCUCAGCUAUGGGCAGACCUGCAUUGCUGACCCAGAGCCCAGCGCCGGUCACAGGUGAGCAGCUGUGAGUCCACCUGGAGACGGGGCGGGGGGGCAGCCCAUGACAUUUGCCUGUCUCCCCCAGAGGUGCUUCUGCACCCCAGCAUGUGAGGAGGUGUGUGGGAGGCCCUAUUGCCCCAUACCUGGGGAAAGCAGAUGCUCCCUGGCAACCUCCUUGGAGGAUGCAGAAAGCUAUCUCCUCUCCAUCUUCCCAUUUUCUCUCCCAUCACUAAUCCUCUUCGGGUAGUUUUCUCCGGUGCCCUGUCACACACUCUCUUAUACACACACCUGGAAAAAACCCACCCCAAACCCAACAGAAAGGCAAGAAAAGCAUUGUAUUAAUAAUAAUAAUAACUGUACUAAUGAUAAUAAUAGCAGCUGCUGGCACAGGUGGGUCCUGUGUGCAGCGUGGCAGCGCCGUGGCUAUCCUGAUCGCCCUCUUCGGAGUCGCCUAAGCGGUUCUUAAAUUGCAUGGACGUUCGAGUUGCACGAAAGGCAAAUGACUACAAGUAACUCAGGAGCUUUUUUUUCUCCCCUGUUUUGGAGGCCACGUUAAAAAAAAAACAAACCAAAAAACCCAACGUAGUCAGCUAAUUUCAAACAGAUGAUUAGAAAGGAGAGGACCUGCAGUUGCUGGGUAGGUCUGGCACGGUGGGCAGGUAGCAAGUCCUCUGAGAGCCGCCCUCUGCUAGGCAGAUGCUCAAAACUGGCUGCCUGGGGGCUUGUGCCCUCAAGAUGUGCUGUAGUUUUAAAGUGGCUUUGGUGCUGACAGCUUUGGAGGGCCAGCUGAGGGGGGCGAGAGAGGCAAAGUGCCCCCAUGCUGCUGCAGGGGCGAAUCGUGUUUGGAGAGGCAGCAGGCAAGAGGUACCAGCCUCACCGUGCCAGGGAGGGGGCAGAGAGUCACACGUGUAGGUUUGGGGCAGGGAGAGUGGUCUGGCCCGAGUGGUGACUGUCCGUUGCUCAGCUCUCUGCUGCAAAUACUCCUCCUGCCUUGAGCUUUCUGGGAGAAGUUUUCAGUGCACAGUGGCCCAGAUAGGUAUUUGAGGCAAGAAUUAGAGAGACAGCACUGCAGCUGCCAGCGCUGGAGAGCUUGUCUUCCUUGGGCUGCCCUGGGCCUUGAUAGCUACCGUAUAUAUGCAGACUAUACUGAUGAAAUACUGCAAGAUGAUGAAGUUUUAAGGAGGAAAAAACAAGUUAAAUUUGCCCUCUGAAAGUAUUUAUUUUUGCCAUAUUGCUUGGUGUGCAUCAUGACUCCCCCGUUAUAUUUUGCCCCCCUUUCCUCUGCCCCGGGGAAAUAACCUGCACGUUAAAAUCUAGAAUGAGGGAAAAUGCUGAUGGGGGUAGUGGUGUGGGGACCCCCCCCCCCCCCCCCGCCCAGUGUCGGGGCAGUGUGCAUGUGAGCAGUGUGCAUGUGCCUGUGCCUGCGUGUGCGUGUGUGUGUGUGUGCGUGGGGGAGCGAGCGGCGUGGGCGGCCGGAGCGGGAUGGCACAGCUGGAUGUACUGGAGCGAGCGCGUAAGGAUGCGUAGCGAGGAGUCGAUAGAGAGACGGAGGCAGGAUAGGGGACGGGCCGGGGAGGGGGUUGAACUUUUCCACCUCCCCGGUUCCCCAGCUGCAUGGCUGUGGAGACCUUUUCAUUGUUGACGUUUUUCCAAGUGAUUUCCCUCCUUCUGCGGAACCGGAGCGAGCUGAGCGCUGGUCUCACCCGCAGUCGCCUCACCUUGCCCGUCACCGGUUAGAGCAAACACUGUGUUUAUAGAUGAUAUAAAGAUAUAUUUUUUGAAAGCCUCUAUUUUUCAAACUUGGUUUUCUCACUGCUAAGAAAAGAGAUGAUGAUGAUGAUAAUAAUGUAAUUUUAUUUUAAUCUGCUGCCUCAGAAACUGGUGCUUGAACCUCCCUAUCCUCUGGGUUAUUUUUUUUCCCCUCCCCGCACAAACGAAGCAGCUCUAAGCACCCCCAGAGACGCUGGGUAGAGGCUGACCCCAGCAGACACCUGCCGAUAGCAUCACGCCUGAGCCACUCACGGCUUCCCCACUAACCUACUAGCUGAAGAUUUAGACCGUAUCGAAAUCUCAAACACUAACCCGACGUUUAUGGAAGUAUUUUUAACACACAGCUAACGACUUUGCGAUGGUGUAGCCUGGUGUUUGUCAGCUCCCUCUAAAGGCACUUUUCCCCCUCCCCCUUUUGUCUCCCUUUCAAAGUGUCAUUUUAAGGAGUAACUACCUUUCGGGUCCCCAGGAGAGACAGCUGGCUGGCGUUCGGAGUCACCCAGGUCUCGGGCUUGGUGGGGACCUAGCGUGGAUUUUUUUUCCUUAUGAAAGUGAUGGAAAAGACUUUAUUUCCUCUCCCCCGCCCCCCUUCCCUUUUUUUCCUUUCCUUGGUUUUUAAAUGCAGUCAUGGUAUUUGAGAUCUGAGCUUGGCCUGAGUUAAGCCCAGCAUAUGUUUUGUUGUAAUCACACUGCCGUUGUCAGCAGCUGGAUGGUAUCUCUCGCUCUCUCUCUCUCUCACACACACACAAACACAUCCCUCCUUCCUGCACAAAGAAUUGCAUAUAUUCUUGCCAAAGAUAUCCUUAAGAACGCACUUUCCCCCCACAUAUAUACAUAUAUAUAUAUAUAUAUAAAUGUUGUGUGUAUGUGUGUGUGUAAAUUUAUUGUUUGUGCCCUUUUUGGGUCAGUUUGUUUUUCACAGAAUCCCUUUCUCCUCCCUGCCCCUGUCCUCCCCUUGCUGUCGAUGUCGUUGAUUGGACAGGGUGAUAGGUUGGACUGGAUGCAUCUUGGAGAUCUCUUCCAACCUGGUUUGAUUAUAGAAUCAUAGAAUCACACAGUCAGGGUUGGAAGGGGCCACAAGGAUCAGCCAGUCCUAACCUCCCUGCCAUGAGCAGGGACACCCUACCCUAGAGCAGGCUGCCCAGAGCCCCAUCCAGCCUGGCCUUAAACACCUCCAGGGAUGGGGCCUCAACCACCUCCCUGGGCAACCCACUCCAGGCUCUCACUACUCUCAUGGUGAAGAACUUCCCCUUCACGUCCAGUCAGAACCUACCCACCUGCAGCUUUGCUCCAUUCUGUGAUUCUGUGUUGCUGUCUGUUGGGAAAUGUUCCCCGAGGGGUUGUUGAUUCCCUGCUGCUGCAGUGCGUGCCAGUGGAGAUGGGGAGGCUCAUGGCUUUAAGCAGGUAAACUGAGCAAAGUUUGGGGUUGCUCUGGACGCCAACGUUUGCUGGCUGCCCCCUGGUCAAACCACACAUGGAAAACAAACCAGGUAGGGAGGAAAACCCAACUCAGCCUCGGGGCAUCGAUUUUUCCAGUGUGUUCAACCGCCUGUACCGAAGCGCGGAGUCAAUCCCCACCCAGCAGGUUGGGCGGGUAAAGGAACCAGUUGGCCCCAAAAACCCCAGACAGCAGCAGCAACAAAAGGCAACCCUUCCCGUUGGAGCAGGCAGGAGGAUCAGACAGCAAAGGAGCCCGCAGGGGCUUGUUUCAUUCCGUUCGUUUGUUUUGCAAAUUGCGAGGUUGGUUUGGGGUUAACUCUUUUAAAAAAAAAAAAAAAAGUUUGUGUUUUUUUUUUUUCUUUUCCUUAAAAAGGAGGAAAAAAAAAAGAAGAAGAAAAGGAAGCAACCCACCUGUGUUACGUGUGGGGUUUGUUGUCGUCGUUGUUGUCUUUGUUACUUCGGGAAUGUUGUUAGGGAUUUAUUUGCUAAUCAGUGUUAAUGAACGGUUUCGAACUUUUAGCCUUGCCCAUUUCUGUGUAUUUAUAUAGACAAAAGCCCUCAAACAACAAACCCCAACCCCCCCACACCCCCACCCCUGUUCUAUUUUGUAUCUUGUUUUGUUUGGCCCAUAAUGUGGUGGAGCCUGUAAGGAUGACUUGGGUUUGCACCGCGUCCGUGUGUGAAUGUGACUCCGCUGUUGUCUUCUCGUUGUACAGAUGUUGGAUUCUUCGCGGUUCAUUGUAUGGCUUUAUAAAGUGGUUAAAAAAAACCCAAACCCAACAACCCUGAAAACAAAACAAAGCUCAGUUAUAUGAAAUAUAUUGUUGCUUGGAAUGCCAGCUUGGUGUCUGGAUCGCUGGACAUGUAUCUUGACAUGUAAGGGAGCGCAGGAAUAAAUGCUCUGUUCUUUUUGCACAGGGGAAAAAAGAGAA